AUGGCCUUCAAUGCAUUGCCGGGAACUGCCCCUUCCCAUUCACAGUCGUCACUGCCGUCACUACCAUCCCAUCUCCAAUCCGACACCCACUUGACGGCUCAUCUAGCUAGCAGAUUUCACAUAUCACUGCCUACCGCACGCCUUUCAUCGCAAGCCCUAAUAUGCAUAAACACGUACACCUCAUCUGCCAAAGGCCCGGAUGGCGACAAGGAGGGGAGUGCCAUGGGGGAAGCAGAGGACUUGGCGAGACGCGCUUUCACUCGUUUAGGAGCUCGUGGAGAGAACCAGGCAAUUGUAUUUCUAGGUGAAACGGGCUCCGGCAAGACGACGGUUCGUUCUCAUCUUUUGUCUUCAUUUCUGUCGUUCUCUUCGACACCGCUUUCGACAAAGUUGUCGCUCGCUGCCUUUGUCUUUGACUCCCUAACGACCACCAAAUCCGUUACUACACCCACAGCAUCCAAAGCUGGUUUAUUCUUUGAAUUACAAUACGAUUCGUCUUCCAACAAUCCAACUUUGAUUGGAGGUAAAAUCCUCGACCAUCGUUUGGAGAGAAGUCGAAUCACAUCUGUUCCCACUGGCGAACGCAGUAUUCAUAUUCUAUACUAUCUGCUGGCCGGCACCAGCGCUGCCGAAAAAUCCCAUCUAGGACUUGACUCCACCAACAUCCAAUCGGCCCCUGGAGCCAGCCACAAACGAUGGCGUUAUCUCGGUCACCCAACCCAACUAAAAGUUGGUAUCAAUGACGCCGAAGGCUUCCAACACUUCAAGACUGCAUUGCGCAAGCUCGAGUUUCCCCGAGGUGAAAUCGCCGAAAUCUGUCAAAUCCUAGCAACUAUCCUCCACAUUGGCCAGCUCGAUUUUAUUACUAGUCAAUCUACAACAACUGGUGCGGAAGAGAGUGGCGGGUAUUCUCAUGAGGGAGGUGAGACGGUGACUACGGUCAAAAACAAAGACGUCCUGGAAUGUAUCGCUGCUUUCCUCGGACUCAGUACGGAAGAUCUUGAGGUGACCUUCCGCCUCAAGAGUAAGACCAUCCACCGUGAACGCGUCACUGUGAUGCUGGAUCCUCAGGGCGCUCGUCGAAGCGCAGACGAACUUGCACGUACUCUUUACUCCCUUCUAGUCGCCUACGUCAUGGAAAAUAUCAACCAGCGAAUUUGUGCUGCCGAAGAUAGCGUUGCCAACACCGUGUCCAUUAUUGACUUCCCUGGCUUUGCUCAGGCUGCUUCCACUGGGUCUGUUCUUGACCAGUUGCUCAAUAAUGCUGCCGUGGAGUCUUUGUAUAGCUAUUGCUUACAGAGCUUUUUCUCAAACAAGGCAGAUCUCCUGGAAAGUGAAGAAGUCAGUGUUCCAGCAACAAGCUAUUUUGACAAUUCAGAAGCCGUCCGUGGCUUACUGAAGCCUGGUAACGGGCUUCUGAGUAUUCUCGAUGACCAGACAAGACGAGGACGGACUGAUCUCCAAAUGCUUGAGAGUAUGAGAAAGCGAUUCGAGAACAAGAACACAGCAAUUGUGGUUGGAGAAAGCAUGACUAAAAUGGCCGGGAGCAACUUUUCCGCCCCUAACGCGAGUGCCACUUUUGCAGUAAAACAUUUUGCUGGCGAAGUUGACUAUCCUAUCAAUGGGUUAGUCGAAGAAAAUGGCGAGACCAUUUCUGGUGAUUUUAUCAACGUCAUCAAUUCCACGCGCAGUGACUUCGUUCGUGAUCUGUUUGGACAAAAAGCCCUCAAUAAGGUGACUCAUCCUAAAGAGAAAACGGCUAUUGUCCAGGCUCAAGUCAGUUCCAAACCGAUGCGGAUGCCCAGUAUGGCCCGUCGCAAAAUCAACACAAACUCCAGGUUGACUUCGUUUGGAACUCGGUCUAAUAAUGACGACGAUAGCGACAGCUAUAAUGGAAGCGCCAAGACUGGUGUUACAGGGCGAAAGAAGGUGAAUGGCACAGCUGCCGACCAAGGUGCCGCAGGCCAAUUCCUCUCUUCUCUUGAGAUUAUCAAGCAGUGUCUCACAGCGCCAAAUAUCAAUCCUUAUUUUGUCUUCUGCCUCAAGCCGAAUGAUAGAAGAAUUGCCAACCAAUUCGAUAGCAAGUGUGUGCGCAUGCAGGUCCAGACUUUUGGUAUAGCUGAAAUCAGCCAAAGGUUGCGAAAUGCAGACUUCACUAUAUUCCUUCCUUUUGCAGAGUUCCUCGGUCUAGCUGAAGCCGAAACUAUUGUUGUUGGCAGUGACAGGGAGAAGGCUGAGCUUGUUCUGGAUGAACGUAAAUGGCCUGGAAAUGAAGCGCGCGUCGGUAGUACUGGUGUCUUCCUCAGUGAAAGAUGCUGGGCGGACAUUUCCAAGUUGGGCGAACGCGUACUUCCCUCAUAUCGCGCUAAUCCCCUCGAAGACGGAGAAGGAAUGCUCAAUGUGGACAGCGUUUAUUCUGAUGCUAAAGUUCGUCUACUGAAUUCCGGGGAGAAUACUCCAAGCGGCGCUUUCAUCUACGGCGAUGAGACGAAGCACGGCAGCUAUUUCGGCAGCCGCGAUAUUGAUGGGCGCUCUGACGCUGGCGCCUCGGCUUUCAAUUCUGGGGACAUGUUCAAGAAUCUAGAAACUAGAGAACAGAUGGCAGAGAAGAGCAAAGAACGCAAAAUGGAGGAGGUCGACGUUGUGGCUGACUCUGGUAGCCGCAAACGUUGGCUCUUCAUUGUGUACUUACUUACGUUCUGGAUUCCUGAUUUCCUCAUCAGAUUUGUCGGGAGAAUGAAGCGAAAAGACGUUAGGAUGGCUUGGCGUGAAAAGCUUACUAUCAACUUGCUUAUCUGGCUGGCUUGUGGAAUUGCUGUGUUUUUCGUUGUGGCCUUUCCGUCAUUAAUCUGUCCCACACAACACGUCUAUUCAGCAUCAGAGCUGUCAGCAAAUGAUGGGAAAGAUGGUCAUUCAUCAUACGUUGCCGUUCGAGGCGUGGUUUUCGACCUGGGUGCUUUUGUGCCAGCUCAUUAUCCCAAAAACCUUAUCCCUUCCUCUUCAUUCAAACAGUACGCGGGUGUCGAUGCGACAGCGCUUUUUCCCGUCCAAGUGUCGGCACUCUGUCAAGGUGUUAAUGGUUCUGUGGAUCCUACCGUGCUGCUUGAUUUCACACCGGUCAACGUUACGGGAUCCGCCACUACCAUUAGUGCUACAGAUAGCAAUGCUGUAUAUCACGACUUUCGUUACUUUACAAAUGACUACCGUCCGGACUGGUUUGCAGAGCAGAUGCUGAUGCUAAGGGGCACAUACAAGAAAGGCUACAUUGGUUACAGCGCGCAAUAUAUGAGCACAUUGGCUAACGACCAUGGAAAAUCCAUAGGGAGCAUCAAUGGCAAUGUCUAUGAUUUCAGCAAUUACGUGGCCGGAGGCCGGAAUACUCUGGCUCCUGCUGGUCAACCGGCACCAGCUGAUGUCAACACAGACUUCAUGUCACAGUAUGUGGUUAACCUUUUUUCUCAGAGAUCCGGUGAGGAUGUUACGAAAUACUGGAAUGAUCUUCCCUUGGCACCUGACCUGCGUGAACGUAUGCAACUAUGCAUGGACAACCUCUUCUUUGUUGGCAAAGUCGAUACUCGAAACUCAGUACAAUGUCAAUUUGCUCAGUACUUUGUUCUUGCCAUUUCUGCAUUCUUGGCGCUAGUCAUCUUGUUCAGAUUUCUUGCUGCACUCCAAUUCGGUAAAAAGAACAUGCCUGAAAACUUGGAUAAAUUUAUUAUUUGUCAGGUUCCGGUCUACACGGAAGACGAAGACUCUCUCCGCCGUGCUAUUGAUUCUAUGGCUCGUAUGAAAUAUGAUGACAAGCGAAAAUUGCUAGUUGUCAUUUGUGACGGCAUGAUUAUCGGCCAAGGCAAUGAUCGACCAACACCAAGAAUUGCCCUGGAUAUUUUGGGUGUCCCUGACACUGUUGACCCAGAACCUUUGAGUUUCGAAAGCUUAGGUGAAGGUAUGCGACAACACAAUAUGGGGAAAGUUUACUCCGGUCUAUAUGAGGUUCAGGGUCACAUCGUACCCUUCAUGGUUGUUGUCAAGGUCGGAAAGCCAUCUGAAGUAUCACGUCCUGGCAAUCGCGGUAAGCGAGAUUCGCAGAUGAUUCUCAUGCGCUUCCUUAACCGUAUUCACUAUAACCUUCCAAUGAGUCCUAUGGAAUUGGAGAUGUACCACCAAAUCCGCAACAUCAUUGGUGUCAAUCCCACAUUUUAUGAGUUUAUUUUACAGGUCGAUGCCGAUACCGUUGUCUCUCCAGAUUCUGCAACACGAAUGGUGGCAUCGUUUCUCGCUGAUACCCGUAUAAUUGGUCUUUGUGGAGAAACAUCUCUGAGUAACGCAAAGCAAUCUAUGGUCACCAUGAUUCAAGUCUACGAAUACUACAUCUCUCACAACUUGAUUAAGGCAUUCGAAAGCUUGUUUGGUUCCAUUACCUGUUUACCUGGUUGCUUCACUAUGUACCGCAUCAGGUCAGCGGAUACCGGUAAACCGCUAUUUGUGAGCAAAGAAGUUGUCGAAUCAUACGCAGAUAUACGUGUCGAUACUCUCCACAUGAAGAACCUCUUGCAUUUGGGUGAAGAUCGUUACCUUACAACCCUUCUCUUGAAACAUCACCCGAGAUACAAAACCAAAUACCUAUUCCGGGCACAUGCAUGGACAAUUGCCCCCGAUAGUUGGACAGUUUUCUUGUCUCAGCGUCGCCGAUGGAUCAAUUCAACCGUACACAAUCUUAUUGAACUCAUUCCGUUGCAACAACUUUGCGGUUUCUGCUGCUUCAGUAUGCGAUUUGUUGUGCUCAUUGAUCUUAUGAGUACAGUAAUUCAGCCGGUUACAGUAGUUUAUAUCGUUUAUCUCAUUGUAUGGUUAGCCAUAGACACAUCGUCAAUCCCCUUCACUGCACUCAUUCUCCUUGUUGCAAUUUACGGGUUGCAAGCUAUCAUCUUCAUUCUCCGUCGAAAGUGGGAAAUGGUAGGCUGGAUGAUUAUCUACAUUCUCGCAACCCCCGUCUUCUCUUUGGGUUUGCCUCUAUAUGCUUUCUGGCAUAUGGAUGACUUCACUUGGGGAAACACUCGUGUUGUAACUGGUGAAAAGGGCAACAAGGUUGUCAUUUCUGAUGAGGGCAAAUUUGACCCUGCUUCGAUCCCUAAAAAGAAGUGGGAGGAAUAUCAGGUCGAAUUGUGGGAAGCUCAAUCUCAGCGGGACGAUACUCGCUCGGAAGUAUCCGGUUAUUCCUAUGGCACCAAAUCCUAUCAUCCGGCAGCUACAGAAUAUGGAUUCCCUGCGUCUCGUCCGGCGUCGCAACUUGACUUGACGUCUCGCUUUGGUUCUCGCAUGUCUCUAGCCCCAUCAGAAAUGCUAGGCGCGGCCAACUAUGAGAUGGCUGAUCUUUCUGGGUUGCCUAGUGAUGACGCCAUUCUCGCCGAAAUUCGAGAGAUCCUGCGUACUGCUGAUUUUAUGACCAUCACGAAAAAGGCGGUUAAAGUGGAACUGGAGAAACGGUUCGGUGUAAAUCUAGAUAUUAAGCGCACGUACAUCAACUCUGGUAAGUCUAUUGACACUUUUUUCACAUUUCUAUCAACAUACUAAUUUAUGUCUACUAUAGCAACUGAAGCGGUUCUCUCUGGCCAGCUGUAAUUCAUGUCAUUAUUAUACUAAUACAAAGGUUCUGAUUCAUAAUUUGUCGUCGAUGGGCAAUGGAUUCUUACAUAGCGGGGGUUCGUUCAUAUAUUCAUUAUGUGUGCAUCUUGUUUCUGUUUUCUUGUCCUUUUUCACAUGGAUGACAUAUGGCGUGUACUUCAAUUUAAAGCUUGUAUGAUUAAACUACUUCGGUUAACUAUUAUCUUCUAUUUAUUAAUCAUCGCCUGUCGUAUUGACAAUGCGGCUACGUCUUGACUUCACCACACCUACAA